AUGGCCUCCCUGAGCCCGUGGGCACUGAGCGAUCCUGCCUGGCUGCGCGUGGCCUGGGUAGCUUCCCUGGUGCUGGGCUCCCUGGGAGUCUGGGCUCUCUUCCUGCUCUGCUCCCUGCGGGGACGCCAGCCCCCCAGUCUCUGGACAGGUAGGUGCUGGGGCCGCCCACCCAGCCCCCUGUGGGCACGCAGGGCAUCCUUGCCAGGCAGGCGAGCCCUUCCAAGGGGCUGCAGGAGGGAGGGAGAUGCUCUGGGCCUGACCCCCUCCUCUCGCUUGCAGGGGGGCAGAUGGAGGGGCAGCAGGAGGCAGAGGGCUGCGGGGCCUCGAGACCAUUUUUGGGGGUGUCUGUUGCAGCUUUGGAGGGGGUCUUAUUUAUCAUAAUACUUGGAUGCGAUGCAUUUAUUUAUCUCCCUUCAAAGUGAACUGGGGGGUGGGCAAUAUGGGGCACACUCCCUCUGCCCUUCCUUUGCCCCUGCAAGGCAGUUCCUGUGAGCAAGGUUCUCCCCCAGUCCUUCCUGACUCCAAAGGGCUUGGAGGCUUGGCUCCCUGCGCUGGUCUAACAUGUAGCAUCGCUGCUGCGCCCAUUUCACAGACAUGUCUUUAGCCACAACUUUUCAGUGGCUCACCUCACUGGACCACGCUGCCGUCCCAUAAUGCCCCAGCUAAUGCAGCGAUCUUCUCCCUCCUUUGACCUUUUGCCAGUGUCUCUCCUUCAGGAAAAUAAGGGCUGUGGCUUAUUAUUAUUAUGAUUAUUCUUAUUAUUAUUCCCAUUAUUUGCUGGCUUAAAGCAUGCAGCCGGCUUAAGAUGAUUUCUGAGGAGCGAGAGGCAGAAGAGGCCCCUGUGGGAACACGAGGCUGCGCCCAAUGGACCUCUGGCCCAGAUGCGGAAGGGCUUGUCUUGGUUCCUCUCUGCCUCCUGCCCCCACUCCCAACAUUGCAAUUUGGAAGGCAUUUUGGGUUAGUUCAUCCAAGGUCAAAACUCGAUGUUGAUGCAGAGCAACACAGAGACAGAAUGGUCAUCCAAACAGCAAAUGUGAGUCCAUGCAAGAGAGCGUAAAGUGAGGCACGUGAGAAUUCAAAUACUCUCACGGGCUCUGAAGGGGGUGAUCGACCAGGAAUGAGACCUUGGGGUCAUGGGGAAUGGCCCUCUGGACCCGUAAGAACAUCACAAGAGCCGGCUGGAUCAGGCCAAUGUCCCAUCUUGUCCAGCCUCCUGUUCUCACCGAUGCAAGCAGGAUUCAAGCACAAGCGCUCAAGUGGGAGUGAGUUCCAUAGUUUAACGGUGCACUAAAGGAUUAUGAGACAAAUUCAUGGAGGAGAGGGCUAUUGAAGGCUACUAGCAGGGUGCUGGUGAUAGGGGGAGAAGGGGCUUCAGUCCCUUCAAUAUUUCGGGUCAGGGGGCUGAGCCCCCACCCAUCUUGAGGGUGCCACCACCCCCGCUGCCUGUGGGGAAUCUUGUUGGCCGCUGUGGGAACAGGAUGCCGGACUAGAUGGGCCCUCUAGGCAAUUUCUACUGCCCUUUAUUAAAGAUGUCUGGGGUGGUUUAUGGGGAAGCACAGGAGCAAACGAGGUUGUGUCGGUUUCAGAGGAAGUAUUCUGGAGCAGAAUCCAGAAGAGCAACCGCCUUGGCCCCAUUUCUGAGGCCUUCCUGAGGUGGCAGCUGAUUUCCUGUGGCCUUCUGUUCCGCAGGCUGCUUUGGUGGAUAAUCAAGGAGCACCUUGUCCCUCUCCUUUCUCUGUGUCUGUUAUUUGGGCCUCCUGGGAACUGGGCGCAGGGCAACAGCCACGAAGCCAAGACAAGGAGCCAAGGAAAGGCCCACCUGAGAGGGGUGCCAGUCCUGAGCCCCCUCCUCUUUCUUCACAUCUGGAGGAAGUGUUGCUUCUGAAUCUCAGUUGCUGGAAACGGCGGGGUCUGGGUUCCAAUCCUGCUUGCCCCGCUUCCCAUUAUGGGCAACUGCACAGCCACUGUGAGAACAGGAUACUGGGCUUGCUGGGCCACGGGCCUGAUCCAGCCUGCUCUGGCUUCCAUCCUGCCCUCUGGCUUGGAGUGGGGUGUUCUCUUUUCUCUUCACUGCUGGCCUAACUCUCUGCCCCCCACUCUCUCCCCCCAGGUCAGCAGCUGGGAGGAAGCAAGUCCCAGACAACCUCCGAGGUGAGUCCAGGCCUGGGUCUGCUCCCCCAGCCCACCCUAGAGCUCCCUGCUGGGGCUCCCCUGACCCUCAGGCUUUGCAGCCUCUCCUGCAGACCCCUGGGCCCCACACCUUACCCAGCCAGAUGGACAGGGUCAUAAGCAUAAUCUUGCCUUCUGGCCCCCACACUGGCCCUGUUGGCAGUGGCCUCUCCUGCCAGCCCCAAACCUUCCCCGAAGCAUCUUGGAGCCUGCUGCUGCCCUGCUGUGGGGCUGCAGGCGGGGCAGGGGAGGGUCCUCCUUCACGUGAUAGGGGGCAGGCAGGGAGCCCUCAAGGCCCCCAUUGUCUGGGCACUUGACAAGGGCACUCACUUCGCCUCCUCACCAUGCCAGCGAGAACAGAAGGCUCUUGGUUGCAGAAGGAGGAGGAGGAGAGGGAAGAGAAAGACGUCCACGGCAGGCUGGCACGCAGCCACCCUGCGCCCCUUCUGGCCUCUGCCCCCUGGGGGCACUGGAGGGCAGGGGGUGCGCCUGCGUCUCAGGGCUGCUUGCAGGUCCCCAGACCUCCCUCUUUUUGUCUGCCACCUCCAGAAGCGCCGGAAGAAGAGUGCCAAGGGAAAGCUGCCACCCAGUCAGAGGAAGGAGCAGGCAGCACCCUCUGGGCCGGACUCUGCGCCCCUGGCAGCAACAAAGCAGCAGGUGAGGAUGGUCAGGGUGUGCCCGGCUAGGUGGAAGCCCAGAGGGUGCCUCUCCCUGCUUUGCACCUGCUGCUCAGGCCCAGCCCAGCUGCCCCUCACCCCCUGUGCCACCCGCCUUGCACCUGGCAUGGGAGGUGCUGGCUGGCUACUCUGAGGAGCCUCUGCUGCUGCCACCACCAUGAACUUCUCCUGGCUGGAUCCUUUUGCCACAGGCCAGAACCCGGGGGGGGGGGGGGAGACACCUGGGAGCUGAGGGCCCUCAGGGGGCAGGUGGAGAGAUUCUGCUCAGCUUCCUCCCUCCUCGACUUGCUUCUUUCCCAGGAGAAGGAAGAGGUGUGUUUUAUGUUGAUCCAGCUCAAGGGCUUAUUGUGGGUGGAUAUGUUACUUAUUGCUGAAUGUUAUUUGCAAACCGCUUUGAACAUUUGGGAUGCAAAGGUAGCUCAGGGGCAGAAGAGGCCGCUCCCACUGGCCUUCCUAUUGCAAAAUAUUCAAGCUCUGAAGAUGAGGCGUGUGAUGGGAGAGGCUUGCAGGAUGAGCCCUUCCAAAACCCUGUUUGAGAGCCAGUGGCCGUGUGAUGGUUGGCAUGUUGGGUUGGGAGAGACCUGGGUUCAAGUCCUCCCCACUCAGCCAUGAAGCCCACCUUGGGCCAGUCACUGCCUCUCGGCUUGCUCUACCUCACAGGGUUGUUGCUGUGCAGAUUCAAUGAGGAGGGGGAGAACCAUGUAUAUGCCACCUUGAGCUUCUGGGCGAAAUAAACAAAUGCAAUCAAUCAAUCAAUCAAUCAAUCUAUGGCCGGAGGGUGAAGGAUGCAUGCAGCACUUUUCCAACCUGUGCCAAGGGAGAGGGAGGCCCCCCCUGUUUCUCCCAGUGAGUUUACGAUCCCUGGAGAGGCAAAAGGCCGGGGGGGGGGGGCAGAACUGGGCACCAGAGCAAACCAGAGGGGUCCCCAAAAUUUUCUGAACUUAUUUCGAAAUCUACGCAAAUUUCAUGGAUACUGCAAAAUUCUCAUUUCAAAGAAGAGAAUCUGGUGCUCAGAAUUCCCCUUCAGAAAAGCACAACAGGCAAAAGGUCUCCUAAUAUUCUCUAACGAAUAAACACAACUCAAAGCAAACACAACUCAAAGCAAACGAAGCAGGCAACUCCCCCUAACCAAACAAAUAAAUGUGAAGAAUGUGAAAGCCACCUUCUAUAAUAAUAAUAAUAAUAAUAAUAAUAAUAAUAAAAAUAAAAAUAAAACACCUGGGAGGGACAGAGUGGCUUGGCAGAUGCCAAGAAGGUGCCCACAUGUGCCACAUUGAGGACCCCGGGCAUCCCAGGGUGGAGAAGAGGGGACCCAAGAGGCCCAGAUCUUGCAUAGGCUCCUUUUUCUACUUCACUCCUGCCUCUGAGAGACAGGCAUGCAAAGAGGCUUGUUAUCUGAGGGGGAUGAUGGUGAGCACAGAUGCUCCCGGCUCCCUAAGGAGUCUCUCCUGGGGGACCCACCACAAUUGUCCCAUGCGCAAGCCAUGGGGGUUUGGCAGCGGAGCCUGAACACUUUGACCCCUUCCUCUGGGCUGGGGCUGUUUGGCCAGUUGUGAAACUCUGUAGGUCAAUGUACACAGUUCCUGAUGUGGAUCUACACACAGGGGAAAACCCCCACUAUAAAUAAGUCAGAAAUUAGAUGGUUAUAACAACAAACAAACAAACCCCUAUAUAAAAAUGGGUAUAAAAAUUUCCUGCUCUCUGGCGACAUCUGGUGUUGCAUGUUUAUAGCGCAUCCAAAUUGUUGUUUCCUUACUAAUGUAGCUGAGUCCCUGGAGCCGCCUUGUGGCACUGAGUGCCACAGGAUGACGCCUGCCUAGGACUCAUCCUUUCAUGGAUUCGUCUGUGGGUGCUGCCAUUUCCCAACAGCACUUCUCCGUCUCUGUCCCUGGAGCGUAGGAAGAAGGUGCCUUAUACAGAGUCAGGCCGCUGGUCUGUCUAGUCCAGGGUUUGAGGCAGGGGGCCUGGAAGCUGCCACUGGUCCGCCUUGCUCAGUUUUGUCUGCAGAAAUGGCUCUCUGGGGUCUUGGGCAGGGGACAUUCCCAGCCCGACUCGGAGACAAAAGAAUCACAGAACCGUAGGUGGAAGGGACCUGAGGGUCAUCUAGUCCAACCCCACAAUGUAGGUGAGAUGCUGUUUGGGACUGAACCUGGGACCUUCUGCCUGCCAUUCCCCUGCUGUGGGGAACCUCCUUUUAAGCAGAGUUUGGGUGGCCAUCUGCCAGGGAUGCUUCCGUUGCGAGUCCUGUCUUGCAGGGGGUGGUCUAGAUGACCACUGGGGUCCCGUCCAGCUCUACCCUUCUCUGGUUCUAUGAAGCAAUGUCCGCCAGGAAGCCUUGCUGAGCGCCUGCCCCGGGGCCUUGGGUGGGGCUGCUGUGGCUCCGGACAGCCUGGCCUUGUUCUCUGUGCCAGAUCGACAAGGCACCACGCGGGUGGGUGGGCAGGAAGAGGCCUUUCCUCUGCUCCUCCUCCGCCCCCGCUGCCCCCUGCCAUUUAAGCCUGGGCCGCUUGCUGCGUUCGGCAAGACCCACGCUGCCCACGAAGAGCCACUUGGGGGCCCUGGCUCCAUCCUGGGGGGUCACAUGCAGCCGACCUUCACCCGCCGCUGCCUGGCGUUCUCUUCCUGCUGCUGCUGCUGCUGCUUCAGGAGGCCUGUAGGUAGCGCACUGGGGGCUGUGGGUGGGGGGAGCUGUGGGUGCCACCUUCUUCCAAUGGAACGGGCUCCUCUGCUCCCAGGGCCAGCUCUUGCCUGGCUGCAUGGAGCCCUUUUGCAUCAGUAACAGGGCCCCUGCCUGCCUCUGGGCUUUACCAGCUCUUAUAAGGGCCACAAAUAAGGGGAGGGAAGUAGCUAGCUGAGUGGCAGAGCAUCUCCCAGGUUCAUACCCCCCCCCGUGGCAUCUCCAGGUAGGACUAGGCUAAAGUGCCUGCUUCCAAGACCUCUGCCCAUCUCUAGGCUUCAGGGCUUGCUGUUAUGGCCUGCGGGACUCCCUGCCACCUGCUUGUGGAGUGCCCAGGAAGGACUCUAGCACAGCCUGGACCAGCAGCUCACAAGCAGAGGCCCAAGACCUCGCAGCCUCUUCCGCCACUUUUAUUUCUUAGGGGGGGGGUUGGGCUCCUGAACUUUUAGCUGGGGUGUGACAGGCAGGCACUAAGCAGCUGUUUCCCCACCAGUGUGUCUCCUGGCUUUUGGAGGCUGCACCAGUUGAAUGCCUGACUGUUGCGCGGCUCUUAAUAGCACUGGGGAGCCAGGGGCUGGGGGUCUGUAGCUGCCCGGGGAGGGGGUCCUGCGCCUGGAAGAUUGGGUCCUUUUUGCCCUGGGUGACUCCCAUGGGUGGCUUCCUUUCGUUUUGGGCACCCCCUUUGCAGAGAACCCCGCUCCCCGGCCUACGUGGCACAUUGUGUCUCAGGGGGUGAAUCGGGCUUUGGAAAACACAAGUGUCACCCCCCCCCCGAAUCUCCCCAUGUUACCCACAAAGAACAGGGUCAAGCGGACGGUCUCUCCAACCGGCAGAGGCUUCGCGCUGGGGGAGAGGCUCGGCUCCCUUUUGAGCAUUGCUGGGGGGGCAGAGAGCAGCGGCGCCUUCUUGGCUUCGCCCGAGCUCCUCCUGGGUGGGGCGCGGAGUUUCCUUGGGCUUGUGGGGAACGAGGGUGGGGCUCCCAGCUGCCUGCAGUCUCCGCCUGGCGGAAGGCGAGCAGGAGAUGUGGGGGCAGCAGUGGGGUGUGUUUGUAUGGGGUGCGGGCGAGGCCGGGGCUUCUCUCUUCAGAGCGGGGCAUAGCAGCUAGGGUGGGGGUCCUGUGCCCCCAGCCCCACAGUGGGAGGGCAGGCAAAAGGGGAAUCAGGAAUUGGACAGCAGGAAGGCCGGGGGGGGGCGGUGGUUGGGGUGCAAAUGAAGCCGCGUGGUGUGAUCUGAGUGGGGCUCCCCAAGGGCAGAGAAAAUGGGGUGCGGGACCCCCAACUUCCUUUUAUUUUCCGUGGCCCCCCCUCAGGGCUGCUGUCACUUUUCUCUAACCACAUCUUCCAGCGGGAUGAGCAGGGGCUGAAGGGGGAGGGGGGAAGAGGGGGCUCCCGAUAUUCCCCGAAGUGCGCGCUCUAUUUAUUCGUUUUGUUUUCCCGUGGAAGGCGACAUUGCCCCGGGAUUGUGUGCUCAGAGGCCCCGGAUAUCCCUGUGCUUGUGGGUCAGGCCAGCCGAGGUCAGAGAGCUGCCCUUGCCUGGCAGAGGUGCAGAAUUCCUUGCCUGCCCCACCCUGGGGGAGAUGGGGGUCCCAGUGGGGAGGCCUGCGGGGCUCGCCCAGUGCCCCCCUGCCAGCAGGCCAGGGACCCUGGGGGCAGGAUCACGGCCUCGGGGUGGGCAGGCGAGGAGGGACGGGCGCUGUGCCCCCCUGCUUGGCAGGCCCCGGCGUGGGUCCGGCUGCCAGGGCGCUCUGUCUUUGUGAGGCUGGCAGCGGGGCGGGCGGAUGGGCUCCGUCCAUUGUCCGGGUCUGAAUGGGCUCUGUUCUGCUGCCAGCCUGUGCCCUGGUUAAUAAUUCAGCCGGCCCGGCCGCUCGGCGCUGGGCGGGUGCGCAGGCGAGAUAGACACUCGCCGGCUCUGUCGCGCACGCACACGCGCACACGCAUGCACACACACACGCGCGCACACACCCUGCAGGAGCUGCAGUGCUCGGCAGAGCGGGAGGCGGAGCCUGCGCCGCAAAAACGGCUGCAUGUUGCUAAGGCGAGCCCAACUUAUCGCUGCCGGCGCUGCUGCCGGGCUCCGCGUGACGCCUGCCAGGCGCUGAGCCCCCGCCGGGGUCGCCCCUUCCCCAUGCCGCCUGCCGCCUGCCAGCUGCUCCCUGCCCAUGCCCGGCCGGCUCUCCUGGCUGCCUUGGCAAGGUAGGCAGACAUGCUUCGUGGGCAGGAGAGGGGCAGGACGCACCCGCGCACCCGGAGACGGUGAGUGGUCGGGGCUGGGGGGUCUGCCGGCUUGCCCGCCUGCCCUCCUUCCUUCCUAAGAUGCGGCAGGAGAGUGCCAGGCUCAGGGGCCGAGGGAUGCCAGGACGGUGCCUCCCUCCCCUGGCCGGCUUCUGCUGCUGCUGCUUCCACUGUGCCCUGUCUGUGGGUGUCGUGGGGAGCCGGUCUGUGUUCUCUGCUGGCCUGGCCUGGCCUGCAGCAGAUGUCCCCAGGGAGCAGAGUGGGGCAGAGCUGGGCGCCCCCUGCAGACUCCGGGCCCUGCUGUGUGGGCAAAGCAAAGCGGAAUCCAUGGGGCACUGUGCAUUCUCCAGGCAGAGCCCCUUGGGCAGGGGGAGGGUGCUGCUGUGGGGCAUGGGCUCCCUGGACACCCACCCCCUCCCUGCGGUUUCCUCCCAGGCCUCCGGGGGUGCUGGAGUUGGGGGGUGGGGAGAAGAAGGUGGAGAGGCCAGGCCCCCAGGGGCGGGAACCGGUUAGGGGAGCUGGGCCUCUGCCUGCUGGGCUGGUUCCUGGCCCUGAGGCCAAGCAGUCCAGCUGGGAUCUGGAGCUCCUGCUCACAGCCAGCCUUCCUCCCUUCCCCAGUCCUUCUCUAGGGCAGCGUGCAGCUCCUUGCGACCCAGAGAAAGCGUGAGUGGGGCUGUGGGAUCCACAGGGGAAAGGCCAGAAAGGGGCCAGUUUGCUGAGCCCUUUGGGGAGAGAGGCCUUUACGGCACAGGGAAGCCCCUGUGCAGGAGGGGUGUGUGGGGCAGGGGGUGGGGCGCCUCCUGAUUUCACCUGGGCUUGUGCCCCCCUGCCAUCUUCCUAUUGGUGCCCAGGAAGCUGUGUCCAUGGCAACCACGAAGUGCCAAGUAGAGGCAGAGCUGGCACUGUCACUUCAGCCCCCAGCCGCCCUGGAGGAUGCUAAACCACCCCCCCCCACUUCCUGGCAGAGGCAGCCUGACGUCAGGCUCCCCAGUGCAAGAGGCAAUUGGGGUGAAGGGGGUACACCUGAGAGGGGGCUGCAUUCUGUGCCAGGGUGGGAAGGGGGAGCCUCAGGGGCCUGGAAUUGGCUGCUGAGAUGAAGGCAGGCAGCAAAAUCUCACAGGGUCCAGAGGGCUGGCCGUGCUUAGCCACGCUUUCCCUGGAAUGGGGGGGGGGCGGGCUCCAGGUCUUCCCCCUCUCCCCACCGGGACAUGGGGGGAGCCUCUUGGGCUCCUGGGGACAGAAGGAGCUCCCUUGGGCACAGAGUCAGGCCACAACUGGCCCCACACUGAUGGGCAGCAGCAGUGGACCCACUGGGGGGGGGUGUCUUUUCCCUACCCUGACCUGGAAGAGCUGUCCUUGAGGAUGCUCCAGCCCUGAGCCAGGGGGCUCUGCCCAUCUCUCUGCCCGCCUGGUCCUGCCUGUGCCCCUUCAUUGGGCCAAAAUGGGACCCGGCUGGUGGCAGCUGUCCUCCAGAGACUCUGGGACCUGUGUGCCCCCUUCCCCAGAGCAGGGGGUGAGUCAGCAUGGAGGAAGUGGGGCCUGCCGAGGGGAGAGGCAGGUGGGGCUGGGCUCCUAGCUCUGGUGGGGCAGGUGGUGGAGAGCAAAGUGCUCCUGCAGCAGCCAAAGUUUGGGUCCUCCAGGGGCUGUCUAGUCUAACCCCUGGCUGUGUGGCAGGACCAUAGAGACACACACACACACGCGGGCCAGCCUGUACCAGGGAAUGGGUGGGUGUGCCAGGGGAAGGAUGCACAUGGGAGCGCUCUGAAGGGGGAGAGUGCCUGUCAAUGCAUGGGUGCCAGUGUCUAUGUGCAGAGGGUGUGGGUGUGUGCAUGUGCGUAAGGGGCGUGGGGUCUUGGGUGGGCUUGCACCUCAGCUGCUUUGCUUGAGGCCACGAGAGCCUCUUGGGUUGGGAAAGAGAGAGGGCUUCCUGUGCUGGAUGAGGCCGGGGGCCCACGGAGCCCAGCAUCCUGUUCUCCCAGGGGCAGCUCAGAUGCCCAGACGGGAAGAAGCUCACAAGCCUCCUCUGCUCAGCUGCCCUUCCCAGCAAUGAGGUUGGGAGGCAGUGCUGCCUGCAACUGCGGAGGCAGGGAUAGCCCUCCCCUCCAUAAACGUGUCCUCUUUUAAGGCAUCUGGGUUGGUGGCUAUGGCUGCCUUCUGUGGCAGGGAGUUCCACAGUUUACCCUCAUGCUGCUUUCUUUUCUAGGCCACGACUCUUCUCAGGCUCAUCUUCCUUGGAGCUCCAUGAGUUCUCGGUUUUUACAGAGAGAGUUGUGGUUUCACUUUUAUCUCUCUUCUGAGACAGGGAGGAAAGACUGGGAGAGGGGAAAGGCUUUGUUUAAUGCCUGGAGCUUGGCUAAUUAUCAUUUCUCUUCCUGGUAAGGAAGGGUGCAAAAAACGUCUGCCUUUCUCCCCUCCUCUUCCGGAAUGUGUGGCUUGGCUGGCUUGCUUAAGAUACCUGGGGAUGUUUCAGGAGACAAUCUCUGGCCCUGGAGCAACUUUUGCCUCUAGUUAGGAGGGUCAUAAAGAACCAUUUGCAAAACGAUGGGGCUCCACCUCCCUCCACUGCUGUUGUGCUGAGGCAUUCUGGGUGGGGGCUUUUGCUCCUGGCCCCCAUCGUGCCCAGGUGAGCCCCAGGAAUUGCAGCACAGAACUCCUCAAGGCUGGGGGCUGGGGGUGCAGCAGACCGGGCCUUGGCAGGGCUUCCUCAGCCUUUGGCAGUGUUGUUCAGUGGUUAGUGCCAUGGGUGUCUCAGCUCUGAAUCCUCAUAGUCCCCAAGGGGCUGUUUGGGGCAAGUGCUUCUCCUUCAACCUGGUAGAAGUUCUCCCUCCCGCCCCCCACCUCCAGGCACUUCCCCCUAACCUGGGACCCCACCAGGAAUGCAGACACCCCCAGCUUCCCCCCGGGUACUGAAGGUCACCUGCUCGGGAGUGCCUGGGGGUGGGGUGUCUAUAUCGCCCCCCAAAAAGCAGAGCUUUCAUAGCUGGUCAUGGCACGGGAUUGGCCCUCUGGUGUCACAUGUCCUCUCAGGCCAGGGGGAUUCUGGGUAGCGCCAGGAUUAUCCUGGAGGAUCGUGACCCCCAAGUGGUGGGGCAGGAUGGUGCUAGCUGUCCUCCUGGGAGCUCCCCCUGAGCAGCCCCACCGGGAGCCAGGACAGGCAGCAGGGAGUUGAGGCUGACGGCUUGGCUCCCACUGGGGGUCUUCGGAUGGAGGCUUCUGAGGCUGGCCAGGAAUUCCCCCUCCCUCCCGCCAGGUUGCCAAGUGACCCCCUUGGGAUGAGGACUUUGCUCCCCUCCCUGCUGCAGGAUGCGGCUUGGCUGGCUGGCUUGAGCUACCUGGCUCCACAGGCAGAUCCUCAGAGGCCAUUGUCUGGGCUGCAGAGCUGCUCCGCAAGGAGGGGGGGAGGGGGCUCCUAGGCCUUCCCUGCAGGACAAGCUGCUUUGCUCUGGCCACGGGGACCCCCCAGUCUGCAGAAUGGGGGCCCAGGGUGGGGCCAGGCUGCUCCCUGUCUCUUCAUCUCUGACGCUGCUCCUCCCCGCCUUGCAGGAGGUGAUGUCUUCUUCCCGCCGGAAGGAGAAGCCGAAGAUGGCGGAGGAGAGCUCCAGCGGCAGCAGCGGGGGCUCUCCUAGUCCGGGGGACACCCUGCCCUGGAACCUCCCCAAGCACCAGCGGACCAAGAGGACCAAGGCGUCGUCCGGCAACGGGACGGUCCUGGACCCUGCGGAGAGAGCCGUCAUCCGCAUUGCAGGUAGAGAGGGCUGA